GGAAAAGCUCCCUUAGAAUUUCCAAAGCAGUGUGGUCUCAGCGGCGGGAGCGAGCCGACCUAUAAAGCUUCCCUCUCGAGGACAAGUGAAUCUUCGGAUCGCCAACCCCCUGUUCGUCAGACCCAUUUGCAACAAACGCUCUCUCUCUUUUUUAUAAGAUGUAAGAUUAACCUACUGGGUCGCGCUACUGAUUACCGGUGCACACUCAGAGGAUUACUCACUCCCCUGUGGUCCGAAUCAAAACGUACAUAUUUAUAAAUAUUUACAAAAAUAUCACGUAUUUGCGAUCUCCGUAUACAAAACACCUCAAGUCCCAAACCGUCUGAUUUUCACGUUCAACGAAGUUUUUAUUUUUUUUCAUUUUUUGGAGGUAUAACAAUUUGCGUGUUGGAUAUGUCUCACGCACUGAAUCGUCACUGAAAAAGGAUUACUGCUAUCAUUGUUGUUAGUCUGGUCGAAAUCAGCCUUUGUUCCAAUGUUCAGUGCCUGUGAGCGGAGGACUAAUGAACGUGGAAUGAGCGAGUGAACGACAACUCCGAGAAAGGGGGAAAAAUAAAUGAAAUUUAGCAGUGCUCGUUCCCCGACCCUUCCUCCUCAACACGUUUCCAAAAGGAGAACCUUCGCUUCGCUUUCCUCCAGCUCCACUGAUCUCGUAUUUACGUGAGUUUACAAGGUCUGAGGACAAAGGGGAGAGAGUGAGAGAGAGAGAGAGAGAGAGAGAGAGAGAGAGAGAAAUAGAGACAGACAGGCAGACAGAGGCAGACAAACAGUUAUUUAUUUUUAUGCCUGAUCAGAUGUUGAUGCUCUGUGGGGAAACGUAUUUUACGGAUUUGGAGUCUUGUAAAGAUAAGAUACCCGACGAGGAGCCAUAAGGAGACGCGGAAAUAAAUAAGGAAAAUACGGGAAAUAAAGAAAAAUAAGGAAAUUACAGCGUUUUCUUCUUGAUCUGAUUACUCUAUGGAUAGCAGACUGCUUAAGAACUGGUAAAGCCAUUCGUAAACUGGAUUAAAAGACUCAAUGAAGUUGAAGGAGAAGUGUGUGUAAUAACAUAAAUUAACAGAAAACGAAAAAAAAAAAAAACGAAAGAGAUACAGAGAAAAGGGACAGGAAUAUUAAUUCAUAACUCCUUCCUGGUGUGGGCAAACUUUAUAGAGACAACAUUGUUUUAUAACAGCUCGGUAAAAUUACCACUCUGUGUGACAGCAUGGGAAAGCUAUCGCCGUCCGAAAACAAUAAUAACGUAUCCCUAAAUGGACAGAAACCACAAGAUGGCCGUGCAGGAGGUGGAGGGCGCCGAGGAGAUCCCAAAUAUUUGGACGUUAUCAGAGAACGGCCCAUCAGAGUGACAGUCAAAGUCUUGGUUCCCGUCAGAGAACAUCCAAAGUUCAACUUCGUCGGGAAGCUCCUGGGACCAAAAGGCAACUCUAUGAAGAGGCUUCAGGAGGAGACUAUGACCAAGAUGGCUGUGCUGGGCAGAGGAUCCAUGAGAGAUAAACAAAAAGAAGAGGAGCUCCGAGCUUCUGGCGACGCCAAAUACGUCCACCUGACGGAAGACCUUCACGUGGAGAUCACCGCCUUCGCCUCGCCCGCGGAGGCCCACGCCCGAAUCGCCUACGCCCUCGCCGAGGUCCGGAGGUACCUCGUUCCAGACAACAACGACGACAUCAGAAAAGAACAGAUCAGGGAGAUGGAGCUCAUCAGUGAUCCUCAGGCCGGUGGGGCAACAGCACCUUCAGGAGGGGGUGGGGAGGGAGGCGGUGGGGUUGGAGAGCGGCCCCCUCCGGCACUCACUCCCCCAGAACUGCUGCCGCCAGAAGGUCCGGAACACCGGGGCAGUGUCGUCGGACCCGCGCCCCCGGGGCCUCCUUUGCCUCCGGGGCUCCGAGGAAGAGGCAUACCCCCACACCCGCGUCUUCUGGCAGCCCACCCGGGUCACCCCGCCCACCGCGGACUGCCGCCUUUGGUGAGGAAAUUGCCGGCGUCUCUGCCCCCACCCAUACCUCCUCCUCCAGCCAAGCGACGCGUCCUGUCCAUCCUCGACAAGGCAAAGCUCGCCCUCGACCACAGCUAUGGCAUCCAUGACGAUGAUCCUCGACACUAUCCCUUCGACACUCCAGAAUUCGCAUACGAUGAAUAUGCUGAUUACGGACCAGACGAUUUCGCAGAAGUUUAUAAUGGAGAAUCCUACGAAGGGGCAGGCGGGAGCGGCCGAUGGCUGGCCUACAAGCAAACUCUGCCUUCCGCCGUUAAUCGGUCGAGGCGCAGAACUUCUCCUUAUGCCAGGCCUAAAUAAGGUACAUAUUCGCGUGUGACUCUCGGAGAGAGAGGUCUGCAUAAGGUCCAAUUUUGCCCCGUCUAGAAUCUCCAAUAAACAGCGCGUCUAACCCAAUCUCCGCCGAUAGCACACACACACACCAUCCUCUCUUGUUAUAAUUUAUAUACGACCAGAGAAAAAAAAAACAAAAAGGGAAAAAAAUUUGCACAUGUGCUACUAGUCAACCUGCUUUAACCAUAUUUCAUUAAAAGAGAACAUUUGAUGAUUUAUUCUUUGUGUACUUUAAUAAUAAUAAAAGAGAGAACGCUCUUGUCACCUUAAAACUACAAAACUAAACAUGUCAGUCAAUUAUUUCUUUAUGUCUUCUUUGUGGCAUUCUCAUACUCUAAGUACAAAUAUGUGAAAUUUCUUCUUUUUUUUUUUUAAAGUAAGAGACUUACUUCUACCCCAUUGCAAUGAAAAAAAAAAAAAGUAACUACAUACAGACCUAAUUUUUGAUGUAUUUUGGUCCUCCUUAAAUCCCACAUCAACCCACCAGUAAGUAAGUGUUUUUGACCAAUGAUUACAAUAAAUGUCCAACCAGAUCAAUGGUAAACAAACUUGCCUGUAAUGUGUAGUAAACGGUAGUCCGAGUUAGAUAUCUAUACGUGAGUGAUAUAAAUCUUCAUUCAUUACAUUGUCAUCCAGAGACGUAUAUAGAAUGUAAUAAUUAUUUUGGUAAUCAGAUUUGCUGUGUAGUGUGUGAAGUUACAUCAGCUGUUUCCCAAGAUGUAAGAUUUAGAGUUACCUUUCCUCUCUUCCUUGUAGUGUACGUGUAGAUUAGUAUUAAAAGAGAGAAAAUAUGCAGACGAGUGAUGAUGACACGAGUGCAUUGACAGAGGGAAUCUCAGCGAUGUUUGACUGUCCCGAGAAUACUUCUGCUUCCCACAGGAUGCUUCUCUCUGUCUCUCUCUCUUCAUGACAAUGUUUUUGUUACAGAUGAAAAGAGAAAAAUAGGACGAUAAAGAGUUAUUGUGGAGGAGGCUGUGUGGGGAAACGAUUAUGUGAAACUAAAAAGGCUGGUGUGACGCUUCUAUCUAAAAAUAACAAAAUUAUAUACAUAUAUAAAUAUAUAUAUGUUCAGUUAUUGGCGUGCGCGAAUGGUGGCCAUCCAAUCCACCCAAUUCAUGGCCCGAUAUGAGAAGGUCGACGAGAGAGAUUAAACUGAAUCUUUGAAAGAACGAGAAGAAAAUGUUUUGCUUAAAUGCAGAAGAAGAAAAAGAAGAAACAAGGAGGAGACGAAGAAAAAGAAGAAUGAGGAGAAGAAUUAGACGGAAGCAUCGCUUGACGUAAGAGAAACCCUUCUACCCAUUUUUGUAAAGCUGUUUACAUGUGUAAGGCAGGUGUCACGAAUCAGCAUAACAAAUCAAAACAAUCAAACCGCAGACAUGCUAAGGAUUUCAUAUACAUACAUAUAUAUCAUUAAAGCCACAAGAACUGUCCUUGUGGUGUUCAUGUUUCACCAACAUAAAAAAAAAAAGUUCAUUCUCCUUGCUGUAGAAUAGGGUGUUGUUAAGCAGGUAUUCUAAGCAGGUGCAAUUAUGAAGGAAGUACCAGAGCAUCAGCAGCAGCAGAUGCAGUAAGUAGUGAGCAGUAAGUAAGCAGGUACGUACGUCACCCAGCAGCAACGCCUUAUGGUUCAAGUUUUGACGACGAAGAGGGUGAUUUUCGCACUUGUAGUAAGAGAGAGAGUGCCAAAUACGAUGAAAAUAUAUAUCCGUUGCUUUGUGCGUUAUAAUGCCAUUUGUUGAGGAUCUCCAGUUUCCUUUUAUAAAUAUAUAAAGAGUUUAAGUUGCAAUGUGUCAAUCUUUAUUAUUAUUACUGCAAAUAAUAUUCUUGCAAAAGGAAUAUGAUGAACCGUUGUUAUGUUUAAAAGGACAGAUUCUAAUUCCUGUUAUUGAUUAAACUAACAGUUCCAAGUUUAAUUAUAUCCAGACUUAAAUGUUAUAUUGUGUGGCUCUUAAUUACGUGUGUAUAUGUGCAUGUAUACCUAUAUAUGCAUAUACCCUGUAUUUAUACAUUUUACAACUAUAUGCAUAUCCUGUAUACAUGUGUAUGUAUAUGAAUCAGAGCUGAAAAUCUAUUUUGUUGAUAAAUGAAGAAGUUUCUAUGUUAUAUAGGAGUCAUCACCCUAUUUUCCAGCAUUAAAAAGCACGAAUAUUAUUAUCAUUAUUGUUCUCCAGAAUCCAACUUAGCUGAUUUGGGCAGAAUAACUCACACUUCUAAAAAAAAAAAGUCUAAAAAGUAAUAAAUUGUGAUUAAAAGGACGUAACAAAAAAAAGUACGUAAAUAUGAGGAAAGAAAAUAAAUGAAAAUAAAUAACGAUGCGGAAGUGCUGACCAGAGCGAAUAAACCUGUUGAAUUAUGUGUGAGUUAGAAAGAAUAUUAUAAAGUCUGUCAGAGAAAUCCAGAGUGUCCAUCUCAGUUAAGUUCAGGAGAAGGAGUGAGGGUCUAUAUUCGGAUUUCGGCGACUCCCAGGUAGUUCCGAAUCCGCUGCAGUAUUUGCCAAGUGUUGUAUUGCUCGUUCUUAAUUAUAUGGAUCAUUAACGUAUGCUUAUUUAAUUAUUAUAAUUAUAUGGAUUAUAGUAGAUAACGGCUGUAUUUGUGUCUUUAUAAUAAAUUAUAAAGAAAAUAACUAAACUCAUCCAUUACUAUCCUUUCUUUUAAAAUAAAACGACAGAUCUCAAUUCCGAGUUAAAACUGACACAUCCAUGAUAAAUCACUCAAUUUAAAUAAACUUCGAAAAUUAAACCACACGAUUUUUUUUUUCUAUCAUAAAAAUCUACAGUGUUCGGAUGCAAUGGUUUAAAAAAGGGUUCUAAUGCCUCUGGUGACAUCGUAGCCAAUAUAUAUAUAUAUAUAUAUAUAUAUAUAUAUAUAUAUAUAUAUAUAUAUAUAUAUAUAUAUAUAUAUAUAUAUACCAAGUGGCUUUUAUAUAGCUUUAACAAAUGACGUCGCCAGUACGAAUCUUUUAAAACAUCGAAUUCGUUUCGUCUUUAUUUAUGACUGAAUUUCUUUCGUCAAAUCCUACUUUGUCUUCGGAAGCCAUAUCAGGGGGGGUUUAAAUAUGCUUUUAAGCAGACUGUAGGACUAUAAUACAAGGAUCAUACGAGUUCACAUACGCCAACAUUAUGAUGCAUUCCUGUCAACCAUUCCUCCAUAAUAUGGAAGGUAUGUAUGGCUUUACAAUAUUUGCCUUUAGUUGUGUUGGAGUAGGACUUGGGAAAUCCAAUUUCACUUAUUUACUUUCUUUUGCUUAUGUCAAUUAGGGACUUACAUAUCACAGGGAUUAAUGAAGUUUAGAUUUUAGCCUUGGAGAAAACGGGAACUUUUGGUCUAUCCGACAUUGUUUCGUCUUUCACUGAAUUUGGGUAAAUUUCAGUUAGACAAAAGAUGCUUUUCCAAGGUACAAGAUGACUGAAAUGAAUAUAAUGAAUAAUAUCUAUGUUGUCUCACCAUAACUUAUAAAAAAAAAAAAAAAAACAUUACCACAGAGAUCCAAUGGAAUGCAUACGGCAGCACGACGAAAAACCCAGUAAGGAAAGAUAAGAGACUUGUGACGGAAAUAUUAAGAGUCGAACUCUACUGGCUUUAAUAUUCAUAAGUGACAAAUUGGGUCACUGGUUAAGGGAGACAACAAAAAUAAAUCCACAGAUUUUCGCAAUGAAGUAAGAAGAGGAAUUUCGAGGAAUCUUUUAUGCAUCAAAUGUCGUAGUACUGCCUAAGGAUAUCAAAUUCAUGGAAAACGAAGAAAUAUAAAAUAUGAAUUGUAAAUUAUAUCCAGUAUAGCUUUCACUACGGCUGAUAAAGCGAACUUCUCGGCCACUGUAUUCUUAACCUCAAGAAGAAUGCCAUUACAAAUAUAGGUAGGGAAACGAGUACUCUAAGUGUGAAAAAAAGGACUAGUUGGAUAUACAUAGUCAUAUGUAUGAAAUUCAUGUAUAUUUUGUAAAUAAAGAUUAUAUUGAAUAACA